AUUCACAUGUCUUGUCUUCAUUCUCUGUAUUAACUCCGUACACGGUGUCACGGAUUCCCUUUCGCCUAAACCGCUCUACAUAUGUUGUCCACGUUGCCUGGACUUCGCGAAUUAGCGAUCGAAGUGGUUACUGAAUACUGAUCUCAAUUUCCGAAGUUGCUGUAUAAUUCGUCUAAGACUAAGUGCUCUGAAUAUUAGUCAAUGAAAAAACCUGCACGUUUUUUUUUUCUGAAGUCUGAAUUUAAGUGUGAUGGACGACGAAAUAAUAGAUGUGAUCACCGAAUGUAGUUUCGAUUAUUUGGAAUCCCUUUAUGAACCGUGGAACAAGAUCAACUCGGCGUCAUAUAACCCUAUUAGUCCUCAAUGGUUGAUUCAACUGGCAGAUGAUUGGAACUCUGAACAUAAUGUACGUAAAGAUGAUUCAAGAAAAUUGAAGAAACGUCUGUCUGAAGACGUCUGUGAUGAAUCCAAAUACCGCGAAAUACUCAAUAAAUAUAAAGAAAAUGAUGUAUUUGUUCUACCAAAUGGUGAAGAAAUAGUAAGGGUUCGUAAUGAUUCUAGCUCUGAAUCAGAAAUCGAUAUUAUGGAUGGUGAAACAAAUAAUAACAAUAUUGAGGAUUGGCAGUCUGUUGUAUCACAUGGUUUCACAAGAGAUAUUGAGCACAUACCAGCACCCACCCAAGAAAGACAUCUAGAUAGUAAUAUUAUAACUGCAGAUGAAAGAUAUUAUCAUCCUAACUUAUUUGGAAAAAAAGAUGAUAAAAAAUAUUUAAAAGUGAGAAACACUAUAUUAGAAUUAUGGAAAAUAAAUAAGCCAUGUUAUGUAUCAAAAUCAUUUGCUAAACAAAAAAUGAAAAAAUGUGGUUCAGCAAAAGAAAUUGGUCAGGUUCAUUCAUAUCUUGAACAUAGAGGGUACAUUAAUUUUGGUUGUGAUGAAUGCAAGUAUAAUAAAAAUAUUAAAAAAGAAUUAGUUAAUGCUAGAAUAUUGAAAACUCAAUAUAAUUUGAAGCCACCUAAACUUCAUGGGAAAAAUAAGCCUUUUAAAAAAGUAAAGGCAAUGGGUGGUUACACAAUAUGCCAUGAUAAAACUUCAUCCCAAUGGGAGCAUAACUAUUCAGUUCCCAAACAAAACAAACGUUAAUUAAAAUACUGAUUUUAUAAAAAGCAUUUUGGCUGUGAAUGGGUUACAUUUUGGUAAUUAUUUCAUUUACUUUAAAUAUGUGUUUGUUUUUUUUUU